AUGCGCAUAGUCCUUUUUGCAAUUUUGGUUCAGGCCUGCCUUCUGGUCGUUUGCGACACCGACUAUACCUCAAUCAAGGGAUCGAAUUACUUUGAAAGGCCCAAGGACACAAGUAUUGCGGAUCCAUAUCCCUUUAUUAUUAAAGAAAAAUAUAGUAAAGGAUUGAACUUUCUCGCUUUUGGAGAUUGGGGGCAACGAGGAAAUGCCACCGGUCAGCCUCAAGUAGCCCAGGGCAUGAAGAUAUGGGCUGAUAAAUAUAAGGUUGAUUUUCUUCUCAAUCUUGGAGAUAGCUUUUAUCAAGAUUCCGGAAGUACUGUUCCUUUUAAUGACACAAAAGAUCAUGAGGGAGUAUUGAGCAUAAAUGAUCCAAAAUGGAAAACAUAUUGGCUUGAUGAAUACGGUGGGAAUCUGCGAAAGAUUCCAUGGUAUUCAGUUGCGGGAAAUCAUGAUUGGUACACCAAUGUUACCGCGGAAGUGGAUUACUUUUGGGAUGUCGACUGGCGAUUCUUCCUUCCCUCUCUUUAUUAUGUUCGAAGGGUUUAUUUUGGACCAAAAAAUACUUGUGCUGUCUUUAUCCACAUAGAUACCGAUCCAUAUUAUUACAAUUACACUUCUUAUAACUCGACAAACAACCUGAAAAAGACCCUUUUGCAAUUAAAAUUAAACGAAGUAAGCGAAAUUAAAAGCAGAUUAAAGUGGAUCGAAGAUCAGUUGAUCAAAGCUCAAGAUGCAGACUGGAUAUUUGUUGUUGGCCAUCAUCCUCUUGAAGGCUUUUGUCAGCUCCAGAGUCCAAAUUAUUAUUUAAUGUACCUACUUCCGCCAGUUUUCAAAAAGUAUGGCGUAUCUGCAUACUUCAACGGUCAUUCACACGAGCUUUCAUAUUCGGCAGCCAAUUCUACAUCGCCCGUCACUUACUUCUGUAGCGGUGCCGGUGGCGCUACACUUGGAGAAGGUUGUGGAGGUGUAACUUGGACCGCUGGUACCACUUUCGGAUUCUUGUAUGUCAAUAUUUCCGACGAUGGAAAAGAUUUGUAUUUCGAAUAUGUUAACUGCAAUCAAACAAAUACACCACCAAAGGUUCUCAAGUCGGGGAACCUUAAAUCCCGUAAAUAUAAAUCAUGA